AUGAGUUCUGUAUUUGAGGCAUCUCCCACAUUCUCGAUUGAGAGUGACCGCCUCCAAAUCUCCUACUUCUUACCCGACUCUCCUGAGCACUGUCUUUUCCUAGUCGAAUUAUGGAACAGCGAGGAAUUUAUGAAAACAUGCGGCCGUACCGGUAUCGACACGGCAGAGAAGGCCUCUAAGUUCCUUCGCAAUCGCGUCCACGCCGACUACGCCCGAAACAAUUAUGGCAUGUUUCUAGUCUCGCUGAAGCCGCAUGAGAACGCGUCUUUGGCCGAGAGCAAACCUAUUGGCUCCGUGUCAUUGAUGAGGGGCGAGCCACCGAAUGCUUACCUGGCGCCCGACAUCGGAUAUGCGUUUCUGCCCAAGGAAACUGGGAAGGGGUAUGCCACCGAAGCCGCCCUUGCGUUGCUAGAUUAUGCGAAGAGGGAACUCGGGGUCGAUUCAGUGUUUGGAUUCUGUGGAAAGGAUGAUCCGCAUAGCGCGAGGGUUUUGGAGAAGAUUGGGCUCGAGUUUCGAGGACAGAAGAAAUUGAAGGUUUUUGGAGGGAGGGAGAGUGCUGUUUGGGCGCUUCCUAUAAUGAGCCAGGAUCUGAGCGUGUACGGCUUGGAUGACUGA